AUGAAAGGAUUAAUUCCUGAUUCUAUUAUAAAACAUAAUAAUGGUAAUACUUCAAAAUUAAAUGUCGGAGUCAUAUUUAAUCGAAAAUUCAGACGAUUUCUAUUAAUGACUAUUCCAACAUUGAUAUUGUUUUCAUUCAUUAUUUUACAUAUUACUAAAGAUGAAUCAGAAACUUAUUCAGAUCAUAUUCAACAAAAUAUUAAUUAUGUAAGUGAUAAUUAUAAUCAACAAGAUCAAAUGUUUAAUAUCACUCAAUUAAAAGAAUAUGCUCUUAAUAUAAAAGGAUAUUAUUUAGCUCCAGGAAAUGUUCAAUUUAAAUAUAUAAAUCCAAAGAAUAAAAUAGGUAAUCCUGAUGAAAUUUUAAAAAAACAUGAAGAUCUUUAUAAUUGGGUAUUAACUCAAGAAAUAAAUGAACCAAAAGAUGUUGAUUUAACCAAUUUAAGACCAAAACAUACUAAAUAUGAAAGAGCAAAUGCAACCAUUAUAACUUUAGUAAGAAAUAGUGAAUUAGGUGAUAUUUCUCGUACUAUGGAAUCAUUCGAAGAUAAAUUUAAUAAAAAAUUCAAUUAUCCUUAUACUUUCAUUAAUGAUGAACCAUUCAGUGAUGAAUUUAAAAUCGCAGUUAAAAAAUUAACCAAUGCUCCCACUUAUUUUGCGGUAAUUCCUCAAUCAUUAUGGAAAAAACCAUCUCAUAUUGAUCCUGAUUUAGAAAAGGAAGGCAUAAAUGCUUUGUUGGAAGAUGAAGUGGCAUAUGCUGAUAUGGAAUCAUAUCAUAAUAUGUGUCGAUUUUAUCUGGGGAAUUUCUAUAAUCUUCCCGAAUUACAAAAAUUUAAAUAUUAUUGGAGAAUUGAACCAAGUGUUCAAUUUUAUACUAAUAUCGAUUAUGAUGUAUUUAAAUAUAUGCAAAAAUCAGAAAAAGUUUAUGGUUUUGUGGUUAAUUCUUAUGAUAGUGCUGAAUCAGUUAAAUCUUUAUGGCCUGAAACGUUAAAAUUCCUUAAUAUGGAAGAUAAUUAUAAAUAUGUUAAUCCUAAUGGGGCAUUCCAAUGGUUAUUAAAUGAUAUUCAAUAUCCAACCAAGAAUGCCGUGGCAGGGGGUUAUUCAACUUGUCAUUUCUGGUCAAAUUUCGAAAUUGCUGAUAUGGAUUUUUAUAGAGAUGAUGCUUAUAAUGAAUGGUUUAAAUAUCUUGAUUCAACUGGUAAAUUCUAUUAUGAAAGAUGGGGUGAUGCUCCAGUUCAUUCUGUUGGAGUAGGAUUAUUUGCUGAUAAAUCAAAAGUUCAUUGGUUUAGAGAUAUUGGUUAUUAUCAUAAUCCAUUCUAUAAUUGUCCAAAUACUCCUUCCAAACGUGGAUGUGAAACAGCAACAUUCACAAAUGCGAUUUUAAAUUCUGAAAAUUGUAUGGCAAGUUGGAUUGAUUAUGGUAUUGAUGAUUUAGCUGCUAUUUAUUAA